AUGGCUGUCAAAGCCGUUCAUCUGGAGCUCGUUCUUGAGCUAUCUACUGACGCAUUUUUAGCGGCGUUCGAUAGGUUUAUAGCUCGUCGUGGUCUGCCUCAAGAAAUCUUUUCUGACUGCGGUACCAACUUUGUUGGCGCGUCAAAACGGCUAUCCAUACUGGUCAAUCAUCCAGAAAAUCGUGACCGGUUGACAGCUCGCGCUCCUUGUUCUUGGAACUUUAACCCCCCAGCAGCACCACAUUUUGGAGGUCUCUGGGAAGCCGCCGUACGUUCAACCAAAACUCUGUUGUCUAGGUUCUGUCGAAUCGAAGCUGUCCUCAACUCACGACCGCUCACGCCAAUGUCUUCGUCCCCAUUGGACUUAGACUAUUUGACACCAGGUCAUUUUCUGAUUGGCCGGCCGUUGCUGUCCGUGCCAGAUCUGCCGAUGCCAGAGACAGCUAGCAAGUCGGUUCCUCGUUGGAAGCUUCUCCACCAGUGCCAUCAGGCGUUCUGGCGUCGGUGGUCCGCCGAAUAUUUAUGCUCUCUGCAAGUACGCAACAAAUGGACUAAGAGCAGCCCCAACCUCAAAAUAGGCGAUAUGGUCGUAGUGAAAGACAAACAGCUGGCCCCCACCCACUGGCGCUUAGGACGCAUACUAAGUGUCAACCCAGGCGUUGACGGUGUAGUUCGUGUAGUCCGAUUGUUAACUUCACAAGGGGAGUUAACUAGACCUGUGGUUAAUUGCUUGCGAUUAGCUGUUUUACCAAGUUGUGUUUUGUAG